GCCACCGCCACCGCCACCGCCACCGCCACCUCUACGUUCGUCGUCCUCAACCGUAACGCUACUCAAUCUCCGAUUGGUUUGCUCUCUAGUCAACAUCUGUACUGUUUAUAAACUAUAAGUAGGGUUGUAAUAAACAUUUACCUUCACCAUCGAUCAUCGUCUCAGUAAUUUGAGAUCCACGUCUUUGCUGUCAGAUCUGGUGAAUCAAAUGGAUGAUUUUGGUAUGUUAGCUAGAGAUUUCGGGUUUAGGCCCCAAGGAAAAUCUGCUCCGAUGAAAUCCGACGGUGUAGAUUUCCGGAGCAGAGCUCCAUCGUCGUCAUCGCCAUUUGUCGCUGAAGAGAAUCAAAUAUUUAGCGACGUUUUUGGCGGUCCGCCUAAAUUUACCAACAACAACUCUAGAUCGACAUCAGCCAUGUCAGAUAUCGAUUAUGAUUCGAUUUUCAAGAAUUCAGCAUCCACGAAUAGGAUGAAGAGCAAAUCGAUGCAUUCUGCUUCCGCGAGAUACGAGGAUAAUAUUUUCGCCUCGAUGACCGCAUCGCCGCCUAAACGGAGUCAACAGAGUGAUCAUUUUGAUGAUCUACUAGGUAAUCUAGGUAGAACGGAGAAAGUGGAACCACCCAAGCACAAGACUAGCAAGAGUCCAAGAGGUUUGGAUGAUUUGCUUCCUGGCUUUGGAAGCGGCGGUCCUGCAUCCAGUAGCAGAUCGAAUUCAGAGUCAGCACCACUAUCAACUGGCAACACGAAGGAAACUUCUAAUGGAAUUGAUGAUCCAUUUGUGGUUCUAGAGUCUACAUCAACCCCUGCCACUUCAUCCCAAGGUGUUUUCAUUGAUCCACUGGAAACGAUUCACAGGUUUAGUAAAUCUGCGAGCACAAAUGCUGGAGGAUCAUCAGCAAAUGGGGGCAUGUUUGAUGACUUAGACCCCCUUCAUGGAUUUGGUAAGCCUGCACCUGCAUUCUCAAAUGAGAGUAACAAGGGUAAGGAUCAGAGCCCUUUUAAAGAAGGAUCGGGUAUGGGCAGUUCAAGAAGUUCAACUCGUAGGGAGCCACCAGAGAAAUCUUCUUUUACAUAUUCCGAGAGCCAACCACAGAAGGUGCCUCUGGAAGAUUUUCCGGAAUCUCAGCAAACUAUCUUUGACAUGCCGGCUGUUUCUAAAGUUUCUCAGAGAUCUGUUGAUCAGACCACUUCUCCACCUUCUUAUACCGAGACAAGUUCUCAAGUGGACAUGUCUCCCACAUCAGAAGAAUAUGUGCAGCCAGCUGACGAUAUAUGGCUCACUGUGUCAGAGAUACCUCUGUUCACACAACCAACCAGAGCUCCACCACCUUCAAGACCUCCUCCUCCAAUACCGAGGCAUGCUUCAAAGUCUGAAAGAGGUUCUUUUGCUUCAAAUACCAGAACAGUUGGGAAUGAUUACUCUGCUUCACCAAAUUCUGCUAAAUUCUCUCAAAGUUAUAAUCCCUUCCAACCUGUGGCCAAGAGUUCCAUGGUUUCUCCGUUAGAUGAGCUUGAGAAUUUUGCCAUGGGUGGGAUGCCGGACAAUGGUGAGGACGAUGCUGAUGCCCAAUAUGGUGAAGAGAUGGAUUCAAACUCAGCUGCUGCUGCCAUGAAGGAUGCUAUGGACAGGGCUGAGGCAAAGUUUAAGCAUGCAAAGGAAGUAAGGGAAAGAGAACAUGCAAAGGCUUCUAGAAGUAAAGAAUCUAUGAAACUACAGAAAGAUGAAGUGUCCAUGGAAGAAGAGUCGAAGCGGGAGAGGCAAGAACGGGAGCGCCAACAGAGAGAGAGGGAAGAGCAGGAGAGAGAGCAAAGUAGACUUGAAAAAGUGAGGAAGGAUAUUGAAAGGGAAAAAGCUAGACAAGCAGUAGAGAGGGCUACUAGGGAAGCUCGUGAAAGAGCAGCAGCUGAGGCACGCGAGAGAGCAUCUGCUGAAGCUCGCUUAAAGUCUGAGAGGGCUGCCGUUCAGAGAGCACAAGCUGAGGCCCGUGAGAGGGCAGCUAUUGAUGCAAGGGGAAGAGCAGAAAGGGCUGCUGCAGAAGCUAGGGAAAGGGCUUCCGCAGAAAGCAGUGAAAGGGCUGCUGCAGAAGCGAGGGAGAAAGCAGCACGGGAGAAAGCUGCUGUUGCAAGGGCUGAAGCAGAUGCAAAGCGUAGAUCAGAACGUAUUGCUGUAGAAAGGGUUGCUGCUGAGGCUAGGGAGAGAGCUGCUGUAGAAGCUAGAGACAGGGCUGCUGCUGCUGCCAGGAUGAAUCAACAAAAGAAUGAUAAUGACCUUGAAUCCUUCUUCAACAUGGGUUCCCGACCAAGCAGUGCGCCAAGACCGAGGACUGCUUCUGACUCUGCAACUGAUCCACUAUCCCAGAACAGACGAGGUCAGGAAGGGGCUCAGAGGACUAGCACUACAUCCAAUAUGAGAAAAGCAUCUUCUACCACCAAUAUCGUUGAUGAUCUUAGCUCAAUAUUUGGAGCUGCCCCUUCAUCUGCUGGAGGGUUCCAAGAUGUUGAAGGGGAAACAGAGGAAAGACGAAGAGCUAGGCUGGAAAGACACCAACGCACACAGGACCGUGCGGCUAAAGCACUGGAAGAAAAGAACCAGCGUGAUCUCCAAUCACAGAGGGAACAGGAAGAAAGAAGUAGGAUUGGUGAAACUUUAGAUAGUGAAAUCAAGCGCUGGGCUGCAGGGAAAGAAGGAAAUUUGCGUGCACUGCUAUCAACAUUACAAUAUGUUUUAUGGCCUGGAUGCGGUUGGCAACCUCUUUCAUUGACCGAUUUGAUAACUGGUGUCAACGUGAAAAAGGCUUAUAGAAAGGCAACUCUCUGCAUUCAUCCUGACAAGGUGCAGCAGAAAGGAGCUAAUCUUCAACAGAAAUAUGUUGCCGAAAAGGUGUUUGACAUACUUAAGGAGGCGUGGAACAAGUUCAAUUCAGAGGAGCUUUUUUAAGUGGUGUGAAGAAAAAUAUGUUUAUGGAAAAAGAUAUGGUGAUGAAGAGAUUAUACACAUCUAUCGAGCAAAGAGCCUCCUCCAAGGGUUAAUCGGGGGAGUUUAUGUUGCUGUAUAUGUUACCAACCAAGAAGACAGAUUUGUGUGGGAGGUGAGAAAUUAUUUGUUGGUGUAGAAUAAGAUUGUUACAUAUCAUUCCAUUCCAUUCCAUUCCAUUCCAUUCCAUUCUUUUUUUUUUGUGUUCAGGAGCUGCAAUGGUCAAAUCUAGAGCAAUGAUGCUAACAUUGCUUUAGAUUUGGCUGUUUUGGCUAUUGAAAAAAUGAUGAUUUUUUUUUAUCUCUGUUGAGGUUCUUGUGUAUUGAAAUGGAAUACAGUUAUGGGUCCUGCUUUAAUAUUGCUGAAAAUUAUUCAUCUUAA